AUGCUAAACCGAAUCCUUAACCGCAAUUCGAGUUCACCAUGCAAACUUUUUUUUCAUGUCUUUCUAAGGUGGCACGAGAGGGUGUUCGUGAUACCGGGCACAAUCUUACCUGAAGAUAAACCUUACAUCAAACUGCCCGACUCCGAUAUUGUUUACAACGAAGCUUCGAUGUUGGUCAACUAUCUAUACACGCUUUUAAAUAACACCAAUCAUCAUCUCGUACAUCCUGAUGCACUCAUACGGUCAUGUCGUGACGUAAUCACUGGACUUGCGCGUCUCACUUUGUUCAACGCGUACGUUCGCAUUCCACCGCUCGUAUGGAACAUGGGAUGGGAAGAGGAAAGGCAUGGUACCGAGUUACCCCCAUUACCCACGGAUAUACUCCGAGAGAGAGAUGUCCUGCAGGAUUUCGUGUUAAGAGUUCACUCGAUUGGUUGGAUAUCGCGUCAGCAUUUGAAA